GCUGUACAAUCAUUAGGACAUAAGUUAGUGCACAUCGUAGUUGUUGUUCUGUCACACUUUCGUUCAGUCAUUAAUUCUCUCGAACACUCUCUGAUCAUGGCGCUUGUUGAGCUGUUUGGAGAAACAUUACAUGGAGCGGGUGGGGCCGAAGUAGCGACAUCGACUCUCGCUGGAUCUGGCAGAUACGUAGGCCUCUAUUUUUCGGCUCACUGGUGCCCCCCUUGCCGAAUGUUCACCCCGACUCUGGCUGAGUUUUACAAGGCCUUCACGAAGAAAAAUGAAGGCAAGCUGGAGAUUGUCUUCGUGAGUUCAGAUCAGAGCCAAGAGGACUUUGAUGGUUACUUUAAAGACAUGCCAUGGUUAAGCCUGCCCUACGUUGACCGAGAGAGAAAGGGGAAGCUGGGUACGAAGUUCAGCGUGGAAGGAAUCCCGACCUUCAUCAUCAUCGAUAGCAAGACCGGAGCUAUCGUCUGCUCGAAGGCAAGAGACGAAGUCAUGGACGAUCCCGAGGGAGACGAUUUCCCGUGGAAGAAGUAGACUCAAUCGAGACUCAACUUCAAUCGGGAAAAAACGAAGAAAAUU